AUGGCAACUGCUAGCAUGCGAAGAGCGAGGAUAACCAUAACAACAUCAGGAGCAGCAGCAUCAGCAGCAAAAGGAUUAAUCAGCUCAUGGUCACACUUACUUGUUGUUGUUGCUGUUGCAAUUCUGGUCAAUUGCCUCGUCUGUCAAGCUGCGGGACGUGCUCCACCGGAGCCCUAUUUUGGCCGCUACAUUGGACAGUUUACGAACUUUGCGCAUGGCAUCAAGGGUUCCAUCUAUGCGGUGGAUGAGUCAACGCUGUUUGUUAAAUCCUUUGCGUACGACGGCACCGGACCGGAUGCCUUCUUCUGGGUGGGCAAAACGGCGAGACCAUCGCCCGAUGGCUAUAUUAUACCCUAUCCGGAGGAAUACAAAGGACCUGAUCCGCCCAUUCUGCAGGCGCACAACAAUACGGACAUCAUACUGCGCUUACCCAUGGGCAAAAGGAUUAAGGACAUUCGAUGGCUGUCGGUGUGGUGCAGACGCUUUACGGUCGAUUUUGGAGAGGUUUUUAUACCACCUGGCAUAGAUGUGCCCAAGCCACGUGUGUUGCCAGAAUUUAGGCGACUGGCCCAUGGACUACGCUCCAGUAACAUUAGCGUAUUGGACGCAAAAACAUUCUAUAUACCCAAUCUGCAUUACGAUGGCGCUGGACCCGAUGCCUAUUUUUGGGUGGGCAAUGGCAGCGAGCCAAAUAUCAUGGGCAUUAAGGUGCCCAAUGAGGUUGGCUCGUUGGAUCCGCUGCGUGGCUAUCAGGGCGAGGAUAUUGAGAUUCAACUGCCCGGCAGCCUGACCGUCUACGAUAUCGACUGGUUGGCCGUGUGGUGUGUGGAAUAUAGGCACAACUUUGGACAUGUUUUCAUACCCAAGGACCUCGAUGUGCCGCCUGCAUUGGGCCAAACGAAGAUCACGCCUUCAUGGUGGUAUACACCCACGACAACGACACCUCGGCCCGUUUACUCCAAUUGCCGUGAGAUCCUGCCCAACAGACUGCAGGUCAAGUGGGAGCUGCAGGGUGAAUAUCUGCAGAUCGAACUGUUCGGCCGCAUCACCGAGGAUCAGUAUAUGGCCUUCGGUCUGUCCGGCGCCAAUGGACGUCCCCAAAUGGCACAAUCCGAUGUUGUGGUUGCUUUUUACGAUACGAACGCGCGCGUUUUUCGUGCCGAGGACUAUUUCAUCUCGGAUCUAUCGCAGUGCGAUGGCCAACGUGGUGUGUGUCCCGAUGAGCGCAUCGGAGCACGCAAUGAUGUUAUUGUGGUCAGCGGUGACAGGAAGAACGGUGUCACCAGCAUUCGGUAUAAGCGUCUGUUGCAAACCAAUGAGGCCAUCUAUGACAUGCCCAUUCCCAUUGAUCGCGAGGUAUCUAUCAUCGCUGCCGUGGGACCACUCAACGCACGCAAGGAGGCCAACGCACACGCACACACCACCAGCGAUCACAAUCCCGAUGACAUACGCAUCAAUUUCUCAGACCGCAAUGAUCAUGUGUGCAAGAGCUCGCUGUAUGAUGUCAAGGAUGAAAGCGGUCCCAAGGCGUGGCCGACACGCAAGAUUGUUGGCGAACACAAGUUCCGGGCCAGCAUUGGACCCACAGGCGGCAAGCGGGGAUAUACGGCGAUUACGGGCGUACCUUCGUGGGGCAUUGCUUGGUACAUUAACGAUCUUCUCAUACCGGAAAUAACUGUGGAGCGCGGUUUGACAUAUGAGUUCUUAGUCGAGGGCGGUAACGAUCCUUCCCAGCCGGCCAGUUAUCAUCCAAUAUACAUUACCGAUUCGCCGGAGGGCGGUCUGGGUCAAAAGACUGGCCUAGAGGCGCGCAAGCAGAAGGCCUAUGCGGGAGUUGAAUACGACGAAGAUGGCAAUGCCAUACCCACGGCCGUGGGGCGCUAUUGUGAAUGGAAGCAUCGCACUGUGGACCGCUCGUCAGAGAUUGAGACCUUCGAGGAAUAUAAGGACACGCUGAUCUUCCAAUGCGAGGAUGGGGAACCGGGCUACAUGAAUUGGACGGUGCCAAUGAAUGCACCCAACACACUCUAUUAUCAGUGCUUCACACACAACAAUCUUGGCUGGCGGAUCAAUGUGGUGGAUGCUGGCGCAAGUGCCGCAUCUGAAGGCAAAGGACUCUAUUCGCUGCUCUGUUACAUGAUAUUGUCAGUUUUUAGCCUGGUUGUAAGGCGGCCUAGAUUGCUUGCCUGAUAGUCAGAUAGUCGUUAAACUGACGCUUUGUGCAUGUUCCGAGAUCUCCAACGGACAAGGCAGUUGUUUGUUGGAGCAUAUCUUGCAAGACACUUUACAUAUCCCAAGCCAUGUUGAAGUCUUUUUUAACAAGUUUUCUAAACGAAUUUAUAAUUUCAUAUCACAUAUAAAUAUCACACAUCAUAAAUAUCAACGAGUUGUACGAACACAACGUGUUGUUUGUUGGAGAUUCUUGGAACACCAAAGGGAUAGAGAGGCAUUUGUAUAAGAACAACAACCAGGCUAAUAUCAUCUGAAAGACAUAUCUUCAUAAUAAUAAUUUUUAAGAUGUAAAACUGUUGAAACUAUUGUGUGCGUGUGUGAGUGCUUACUGUAGUUCGUAUCUACGAUUACAACUGUAGUCCAGUAGGCCAGUUGAUUAGGAAUGCGCAGCAAGAACUCUUUGUAUAUUUACGUGUAUGGAAUUCUACUUUUUUACCGUGUAUGAAAUAGGCAUACGAAACUUACUUAUACAUUUACAUUUUACAUUUAAAUUUACAGUGAAAUUGUAAUUUUUCUA